UUCCACUACUUUUACAAUGGGGCAAUUGCAUCUCUCUGUUAUAACUGUCCAAAGUGUGAAGCAUCUUAGGUUAACUUUCUAUGUUAAUUCUUUGUCAAUCUCUAAUGCAUUAAUAAGGAAAAUUUCUGUGUAAUAUGAUUUAUAUGCAUAUCCUUUGGAAUUAACUGAUCUAAACUCUCUCGCAGGUUCAGUAUAUGGGUGAACACUCUCACAUGUCAAUUGAGUUUGAUAAUGUUGUUUCUGUUGUCUUGGAAAAUUACAGAGAUCCUUUGAGAAAUUUAGAAAGCCUCGAUCAUGAGGGAAAAAGAGGUCCUGAGAAUAUGUGGGUCCAAGAAGUGCUGAAAAAUGAGGGUCACAUCUCUCCCUUUAUAGGUGUUGAAAAGAGCAUUCCUUCCUGGAGUAAUAUUUUGAAUGAAAAAGGCGAAUUAAAUGUGACAAUGGAGGAUGCGAAGAAUCCAUCAUUUUGGUCCAGGGUUUGCUUGCGUAAUAUGGCCAACUUAGCCAAGGAGGGUACUACCAUUCGUCGUGUAUUGGAAUCUUUAUUCCAAUACUUUGACAAUGGAAAUUUAUGGUCUGCAGACCAUGGUCUUGCCUUUUCUGUUUUAAAGGAUAUGCUAUUCUUAAUGGAUGAUUCUGGGCAAAACACACAUGUUUUACUGUCAAUAUUAGUAAAGCAUCUGGAUCGUAAAUUAGUAGUUAAACAACCCAACAUUCAGCUAGACAUUGUUGAGGUGAUCAGUUCACUUGCUCAAUAUGCAAAGGUCCGACCUUCUGUAGCAAUAGUUGGUGCAGUAAGUGAUAUAAUGAGACAUUUGCGGAAGAGCAUGCACAAUUCCCUUGAUGACUCAGAUAUGGGCACUGAAAUAAUCAAUUGGAACAAGAAUUUCAGGGAAGCUGUGGAUAGGUGCCUUGAACAGUUGUCAAAUAAGGUUGGAGAAGCAGGCCCAAUUCUUGAUGUUAUGGCUGUGAUGUUAGAGAAAAUCUCAAAUAUUGCAAUAAUAUCCAGAACCACAGUCUCUGCUGUCUAUCGAACUGCUCAAAUUGUAGCUUCCUUACCAAAUUUGUCCUACAAGAGCAAGGCAUUCCCCGAGGCAUUGUUUCAUCAACUACUCCUGACUAUGGUCCAUCCAGAUCAUGAAACACGAGUGGGAGCUCACUGCAUCUUUUCUGUUGUACUAGUGCCAACCUCUUUUUUCCCUCGUCUAUCCUUAUCUGUGUUUGAGCCCAAAGCUUUCGGUGUUCCACGAUCACUCUCAAGAGCAGUGUCUGUUUUCUCUUCUUCGGCUGCCUUAUUUGAUAAGCUAAGACAGGAGAAACGUUUUUCAAGUGAAAAUCCAAGUCAAUAUAAUAAAGAUAACAUUGCUGGAGAGGUUGUACCAGCUAAUAGCGAUGGCGGAAUCCUGAACAGAUUGAAGUCAACCUAUAAUCAGGUGUACAAUGUGAAUAACACCCUGCAACAUACUUCAGUAGAUGAAAUUACUACAAACAAUGCUAAUGGGGACUUGGAAGCUGUUUCCCUCAGGCUUUGUAGCCAUCAGAUAGACCUCUUGCUAUCAUCAAUUUGGGCUCAGUCUAUUUCUACUGAAAAUAUGCCUGCAAAUUAUGAAGCAAUUGCUCAUACAUACAGCUUGAUGCUGCUAUUUUCUAGAGCUAAGAAUUCUUUUCAUGAGGUCCUAGUUCGGAGUUUUCAGCUUGCAUUUUCUUUGAGGAAUAUUUCUUUUAAAGAAGGAGGGCCAUUGCCGCCAUCACGUCGUAGAUCACUAUUUACCUUGGCAACGUCAAUGAUUCUGUUUUCUUCAAAAGCGCACAACAUUGUCCCUCUUGUCCAUUGUGCCAAGGCAGUGCUUACAGACAGAAAGGUUGACCCUUUCCUUCAUUUGAUUGAAGAUCACAAGUUACAAGCUGUCAGCUUUGCAACUGACAAUCUGACCAUUAAUUAUGGAUCCAAAGAAGAUGAUGAUAGGGCCUUGGACACACUUUCAGAAUUACUGACUUUUAAACACGAAGAUCAGGAGUUCUUUGUUUCUGAAAUUGUCAGGAGCUUGGUAAAUUUGUCAGAAUCUGAAUUAUCCUCAAUAAGGGAGGAGCUUCUAAAAGAAUUCUCACAAGAUGAUUUGUGUCAACUUGGAUCCCUAAUGACCAUGGAUAUGCCAGAAAAGGAUGCUUCAGUAGUUUCAACUGACGAUGAUUGUAUCCCCGAUUUAUUUGACAGUCAAAUAAAACAAAAUCCAGGAUUGUCCAUGGAGGUCCCAAGUCUUUUGAGUGCUAAUAAACUUUUAGAAUUAGUUUCAGACACAUCUAAUCAAGCUGGGAGAAUUUCUGUAACAAUAGCAUAUGAUUUGCCUUUCAAGGAUAUGGCUCAUAAAUGUGAGGAACUUCUGAUGGGAAAACAGAACGUGUCCAGAUUGAUGAAUACCCAACAGCAGCAAGAUUGUUUGAUGAACUUCCCUUUACAAAAUCAUGACGGGGACUUGAAAAUUAUAGACCCCUCUUCCCAUGUGGAUGUGGGUUUUCAGAAGGUGAGCAAUCCUUUCCUUGAUGUGAAUAUGGAAUGUUCUCACAUUCCAAAUUCUGACCCUGUUCCAUUGUUAUGUGCAACCAUUCAGAAUCAUCCUCACUUGUUCAAACUGCCAGCAGCAAGUCCCUACGAUAACUUUCUAAAAGCUGCAGGUUGUUGAUAGCAUAGCUGUACUAAAUCACAUAUUCUAGCAUUAAUGAAGAAAUCCAACUGAAUGAAGCACUUGAUCCUAAGGGGAAGGUUUCCAAGAACUGUUGCUUUGCUGGUGCUCAAGGCUCAAGAUUUAUCUGGAGAUAUUACUGCUGUUCUGAUCAUGAUGUAUUGGGUUACAAAAUUCUGAUAUUCAAUUCUUUAUUCUUUUCUCUUUCCCUUUAUCUUGGUGAUGGCAAGAAAAGAUUCAUGCUAUGGAAUCCUUGAAAAGUAUAAUCUAUUGUCAUUUUGUUUCCAUGUACAUAUAUAGA